AUGAGUCGUCGAGGAAACUUUCCAGACAAUGGCUUCGAAGCCUGGGGCGGUUACAUGAACGCCAAGAUUGCGAAAUUGGAAGAACAAUUUUCACAUAGAAUAAAUAAGGAAGAAAACCAAGUGUCUCAUAUCUUCAGCGGCGUGAGUAUUUUCGUAAACGGGUACACUACACCUUCUGCUGACGAAUUAAAGACCCUCAUGUCUGUUCAUGGAGGUAUUUACCACACUUACCAAAGAAAUAAUGACUAUGUCAUUGCUUCAAAUUUGCCUGAUACUAAGGUAAAAAAUAUGUCACUAAGCAGAAUAGUGAGACCGGAGUGGAUAACUGAUAGUAUAUCAUCAAAUAGAUUACUGGAUUAUAGAGAAUAUUUGCUGUUCAGGAAUCCUAGAGGACAGUCCAGAUUGAAUUUUAAUAAAGUUGAAAAGAAUUUAAUAGAUGAAAGUAAGGCAGACUGUGAUAUUAGUAUUAAGAAAAGUAUACUGGAAGAUCCUUUAGAGAAAGAUUUAGAAUGUUUGGGUGAUGAAGGCAACAGUCAUUUAGUUGCUGGUGCAAUAAAACGGGAGAUUUUAACAGAAAAAUCUGUAAUUCUGAAGCCUUUAAUUCCUAAUACAAAUCAAGUGCAUGAUUUAAAAAAGUCUGACCAUGGACCUAAAACAGCUGUUGACCCAAACUUCAUAUCAGAAUUCUACAAUAACUCAAGAUUACAUCACAUAUCCCAAUUAGGGGCAUGUUUUAAACAACACGUCAAUGAACUUAGAGAGAAAAGUGAAUUUGUGUUACCAGGUAGAAGUGACUUAAAAGAGAGGAUACUGGCUUUAAAUAGUUCAAAUAAUUUGUCUCCACUAAACUUUGAAAAAGGAAAGACAAUAAUGCAUAUUGACAUGGACUGCUUUUUUGUAUCAGUUGGUUUACGACAAAGACCAGAUCUGCGAGGCAUGCCUGUUGCUGUGACUCAUUCUAAAGGAGGACAUCCUCGUCCUAAAAGGCCUGGUGUAGACAGGGAUGUAGAGAUCAGUCUAUAUAAACAGAAACAAAUAAAAAAAAUAGGCAAAGCUACAGGUAAGCCAGAGGAUGAGAUAGAAUUUGAGAGUAGAUUGGACUGCAUUGCUGAUGAGGGUGAUAAAUUCGGCUCCAUGAGUGAAAUAGCUUCAUGUUCUUAUGAAGCUAGGGCUAAAGGUGUUGGAAAUGGAAUGUUCAUGGGAGCAGCCUUAAAACUGUGUCCAGAUAUACAAACCAUUCCAUAUGACUUUGAAGGAUACAAAGAGGUGGCAUAUACCUUGUAUAACACAAUAGCUCAGUACACUCUAGAUAUAGAGGCUGUGUCUUGUGAUGAAAUGUAUGUUGAUUGUACAGAUCUUUUGAAAGAAAUUGAUGCAAGCGUCCAAGAUUUUGCAACAGCAUUGAGGGAUGAAAUUAAAAACAAAACUGGAUGUCCAUGCUCUACUGGCUUUGGUGGCAACAGAUUACAAGCGAGACUGGCUACAAAAAGGGCAAAACCAGAUGGUCAGUUUUUUCUUACUGCUGAACUUGUUGAAGAUUUUAUGUUUGACAUAAAACUCAGGGAUUUACCUGGAGUAGGCAGACAGACAGCUCAAAAAUUGGAAUCUAUUGGACAUCUAACUUGUGGGUCAUUACAAAGUUUAACAAUAGCUGCUUUAAAGAGUCACUUGGGGAAUAAAACUGGAGCUCAGCUAUUUGAUCAAUGUCGCGGACGUGAUGCAAACCCUCUAACAUUCCAUACAAUUAGGAAAUCAGUCUCUGCUGAAGUAAAUUAUGGUAUCAGAUUUGAAAAUAAUGAACAAUGCAUAGAUUUCUUGAAACAGUUGUCUACUGAAGUUCACUCUAGAAUGCAACAAUUUAAAGUUUUGGCAAAGUGCAUAACAUUAAAACUUAUGGUCAGAGCUGAAGAUGCCCCUGUUGAAACUGCGAAAUUUAUGGGUCAUGGCUUUUGUGAUGUCAUCAAUAAAUCCACUUCAUUAAAUACUUCUACAAACGAUAUUGAAGUAAUUACUGCAGAAGUUAUUUCAUUGUGUAAGAAGCAGAAAAUUGAUCCUAAAGAAUUGAGAGGGAUAGGUAUUCAGAUGACUAAAUUAGAAUCUGCUAAUGUGAAAUGCACUAAAGGCGCCAUAAGUAAAUUCUUAACCACGAAACCUGUGAAGAAAGAUAACCAGAAUAAAAAUGUAAGUGUUGUUCCUGUAAUAUCAGUGAAAAAUGACGUCAAUAAUGACGUAGCUACUAAAAAUUCUACUACACCAAAAAAAGCAAAAAUAAAAUCCCCCAUUGAGAAGUCACCAGGUUCAGGCACUGUUAAGUCACCAACUGGGAAACGAAGAGGCAGGCCCCCAAAGAAUGCUAAGACUGUUACUUCAAAAACCUGUAUAAGCAAAUUUCUGCAAGGAGAAACUCUCAUCAAAGAUACACCAUAUAAAAAUCCAAUGAUUCAACAAAAAGUGGACGAAAAGCCUGUAGUAAAAUCAAAGAUAAAAGAAGAAGAACCACAAGGUCUUCUGUCGCUACCUUGGGAAAGGGUUAGAGAACUAUUGCGAGCAUGGCUAGAAAGCGGGCAAGUACCCUUGCCCUGCGAUACGGAUAUGAUAGCUUCCUAUAUGCGUGAAAUGGUUAUUAAGAGAAACAUAGAUAAGUUAAAUAUUUUGCUGAAUUUUCUUAGAAGACGAACUCAUGAAUUGAAUAAUGACGAUUGGAAACAAGUGUAUAGUUAUGUUCUUGAACAAGUUCAAAACGCUAUGAUCGCUGUUUAUGGAAAAGGGCUGUGGGUUGAGGAUUACUGAAUGAUAAAGAUAAAUAAAACAAAUAAUUCUUUACACAUUUACUUUUUAUUUCCCAUUUUUCAGAUUCUAGUCUAGAAAGAAAAAAUACGUAUUUAAGAUAUUGAUAAAACUUUUGUGUUCUUUAUUGCAUUGUAUCACUUGCUAAAGUAGGCUUUAAACUGUUAAUAACACUAUAUAGUUUAGUGCCUAGAGAUAUAAACAUUUGGCAGUUCUAAGAAAAAUAGUACCGCGUGUUUGAA